CGUUUUGAAAUAACUUACAAUAUCCGUUCAAAAAUAUCGAUAUUGAAUGUAAAAUUAUAAUGAGCAGUUGUAAAAGGGAGUAGAAAGCAUGAGUUGUGUAGUCGACGUUUCCGGAAUGAUGAAGUUAAGACCAACCGAAAUAUUCUUUUCACAGGAUUCUAUUGCAAACAAUUGGGGUAAACACACAGCUUUCAAUGCUAAAUUUAUAGGAGACACGUUAGAUGAAUUGUUGACUGAAUCUAUUUCACUGAAGGACAUUCCAAAUAUUACCUCUGUACUAAUAAAUGGAAAGUUUUACACUGUUGACAAUCGGAGACUGUGGGUUUUUCGAAAAGCAGAAGAAUUGGGAUUUUUAGAUGACAUUGAAUUUGAUCAAGUUACACAGCGACAUGUCAAUCUAACAAAAUUUACAACGACUAAUGGUGGAAUUUCGAUUAGGAUUCGAGGAUCUGGAGACCCCGGAGGGCAAAUAUGGAGAACGUGGAAACCAAACACAUUUCGGAAAGUACAUGAAAACACAGUGAGCAGUUCUGCCUAUCGUUCCCGUAAGAUUUAUGCUAUUGAAAAUAGGACUAAUGUAAAUCAAGGUUUUUUCUGUACAAAAAUAGUUUCCGAGUAUCAAGAUCCAAGUACAUACAAAUCAUCACAUUGUAAAAACUAUUACUCCAGGCCUAGUUAUCGGUCUGAUGAUUCUCAUUCCAGCAACGUCGAAUCUCCAGUAGCUGACAAAGAAAUUCAGCUUUCCACCAUAAUAAGACCAAAAGCAGAAAAAGAAACAAGAAAAUGCAGUCAAUCGACUCUAGAAUCAACCGUAGGGAACAAUUUAUUACAUGUCCGAGGACCUCCCGUAAAUCAAAGUAGGUCAAGUGUUAAUCCAGAUUCGUUCUCUAACAAAUAUGCAAGCGAGGCUAAACAUCUAAGAACAUUUAAAUCAUAUAGUGAUUACAUUUCUGUAAAGCCUGAUGUUCGGAGUUAUAAUGAGUUUUCGGGCAAGUGGGACUCUCCAGCAUCGGACAACAAAAUUCACAGUCCCAUUAUAAAACCAUCACCGACUGAAGAAAAACAAACACGUAGUAAAUCUUCUCUCGAGUCAAUCUCAAGUGAAACUACGUUACGCGCCCAAGGCCAUCAAAGUUGGACGAAUGUUAAUCUAGAUUCAUUCGGCAACAAAAAAGUUACUGAGGCUCAACAUGCAAGUACAUAUAAAUACUCGUAUAUUGAUAAAAUUUCUGCCAAGACUGAUUGUCUUUAUGAUUAUGAUUUCUCAAGCAACAGCGAAUCUAGAGUAUCAACAAAAAAACCUUAUCGUUCAAGUAUACAAAAACCAACAGCUGAGGAAGAGCCUACACGAAGAACUAAAUCUUUUUUCGAAUUAUCCGCAAGAAAAUCUGCGUUAAGUGUCCACGGACCUCUUGUUAAUCAAAGUAGGACGAAUGUAAAUCAAGAUCCCCUCCGUUCCAAAACAGUUGCCGAGUCUCAACAUCCAAGUACAUACAAAUCAUCAUACUGUUAUAACUAUUAUUCCAGGCCUAGUUAUCGGUCUAAUGCUGCUCAUUCAAGGAAUCUUGAACCUCCAGUAUUUGACAAAGAAAUUCAGCUCUCAAUUAUAAAAAGAUCACAAGCUGAAAAAGAAGCAACACAAUGCAGUAAAUCAUAUCUUGAGUCAAGCUUAAGGAAAACUUCUUUACAUGUCCAUGCACCUCAUGAAAAUCAAAGUAGGUCGAGUGAUAAUCAAUGUUCCGUCUUUAAAAAACACGAGGUUCAACAUCCAAGUACAUUCCAAUCAUAUAAUGAAUUAAUUUUUGCAAAGCCUGAUGUUAGGAGUUGUAAGGAGUUUUCGAGCAACUAUGACUCUCCAGUAUCAGACAAAGAAAUUCACAGUUCGAUUAUAAAACCAUCACCAGCUCUAGAAGAACCAACACGAAGAAGUAAAUCUUCUCUCGAUUCAAUUUUGGACAAAACUUCGUUAAGUGUCGAAGGACAUCCGAGUAGGACGAAAGUUGAUCAACAUUCCAUCGGCAACAAAACAGUUACCGAUGCUCAACAUCCAAGUGCAUACAAACCAUCAUAUAAUGAUUACAUUUCUGCAAAGCCUGAUGUUCGAUGGGAUAAUGAUUUGGUACGCAACUGUGAAUACCCAGAAUCAGACAAAGUAAUUUACCGUUCAAGUAUAAAAAGAUCAACAGCUGAAAAAGAGCCAACACUUAAUAGUAAAUCUUCUCUCGAGUCAACCAUAAAAAAAACUUCGCCACCUGUACAAGAACCUCUGGUUAAUCAAAGAAGAGCACCUAUAAAUCAAGAGUCCUUCGGCAACAACACAAUUACCAAGUCUAAACAUUCAAAUACAUAUACAUCAUCAUAUAGUAAAUACAUUUCAGGAAAGCCUGAUGUAAGUUCUGAUAAUGAUUUUUUUGGCAACUGUGAAUAUCCAGUAUCCGACAGAACAUUUCAUCUCUCGAGUAUAAAAAAAUCAACAGGUGAAAAAGAGCCAAAACGUAGUAAAUCUCCUUUCACGUCAACCAUUAGAACAACUUCUUUGCGUGUUCAAGGACCUAUUGUUUAUCAAACUAGCAUGGAUGAGAGUCAAGAUUCCUUCUGUUACGAAACAAUUACCGAGGCUCAACAUCCAAGUACAAACAAAUCAUCAUAUACGGAUAACAUUACUGGAAAACCUCAUGUUCGAUAUGCUAAUGAUUUUUUGGGUAACUGUAAAUAUCCAUCAUCCGACAACAUAAUUCAACGUGUAAGUAUAAAAGGAUCAACAGUUCAAAAAGAUCCAAAACUUAAAAGUAAAUCUUCUCUCAGGUCAACCGUAAGAAAAACUUCGCUACGAGUCAAAGAAACUGUUGUUAAUCAAAGUAGCAUGAAUGUAAGUCAAGAUUCCUUCUGUUACGAAACAGUUACCGGGGCUCAACAUCCAAAUACAUACAAAUCAUCAUAUAAAGAUAACAUUACUGGAAAGCCUCAUUUUUGGUGUGAUAAUGAUGUUUUGGGUAACUGUAGAUAUUACGUAUCCGACAAAAAAAAUCAUCGUUCAAAUAUGAAGAGAUCAACAACUUAAAAGGAGUCAACACUUAAUAUUAAAUCUUCUCUCAGGUCAACCGUAAGAAAAACUUCGUUACAUGACCACAGACCUCAUGCUUAUCAUAAAGUAGGACGGAUGUUAGUCAAGACUCUUUCUGUAACGAAACAGUUACCGAAACUCAGAAUUCAAGUACAUAUAAUUUAUCAUAUAGUUAUUACCUUUCUAAAAAGUCUGCUGUUGGUUUGGAUAAUGUGUUUUGGCAUUGUGAAACCUCAGUUUCCAAGGAAGAAAUUCAUCGUUUAAGUUAAAAAUUUCAACAGCUGAAAAAAGAGCCAACACAAAGAUUAAGAUUUUUCUCUCGAGUCAAUCUUAAGCAAAACAUCGUUACCUGUCCAAGGACCUCUUGUUAAUCAGAGUAUUAUGAAUGUUAAUCAGGAUUCCUUUUGAACCACAAACAGUUAUCGAUGCUCACAAUUGAAGUACAUACCAAUUAUUACAGUUAUUAAUUAUACAGUAAUAAAAAAAUAGAGUAGCAGAGAAUGUCCAGCUGAAGUAUUAGACAAAGAAAUUCACUGUUCAAGUAUAAAAUGAUCAACAGCUGAUGAACAACCAACGCUAUAGCUAGGAUGUAAAUCUUCUGUCGACUCCACAAUAAGACACAACUACAUAAUUUGUCCAUGGGAAAAUGCUUUAUUGAAUACUUGUUAAAAAGAUCCCGAAAAUAAAAGUAUAAAGAUUCUCUUCAAAACAAAACAACCGUUUGUCUAAUAUGUAGAAAUCAUCAUUUAAAUAUGACAUUCGUCGCAGCCAAGUUUUUCGAACAAUUCAAAAUUCGCAAUAGCCGGUAAAGAAAUUCAGUUAAAAGUAUGCUAAUUUCAAAACGUGAGGAAGAAUUAAAAUAUAAACCUGUUCAUGCAGUUCUAGAUAUUUCAAGUAAAAAAGAAAAAUUUAAUGUUUGAGGUAUACUUCCAAGUCACACUCAUGGACCAAGCGGGAAACAAUUCUGAAAAAGAAUUUGAACAAAUUGAACACGACAGAAAAUAACAAUAGACAUAAGUUCUGUUAGGUGAGACAACAAACAUCCUAAUAAGAUUGCUAGAUAUUUACAAGUACAUGUAUUGUGAAUGAUUGAAAAGUCGAUGCGUAAGUCCAACAUAAAUUUGCCUAGACUUUUUUUAAUUGAUUGCUGCUUUACA